UUUCUUUUUGCUCUCUUUCUUUUGCCGUCUCUUCAUUUAUAGUGGAAUAUACACCAGCCGUCAUUAAUGGCUGAAGUCUCAGAGGCAGGCGCUUCAAACUUACCGAAAUAUUUUUAGGACAAAACCAAGGCCAAAAAAAGAUACUUGAAAAAGAAGAGAGAACGUAGAAAAUCCAGGAAGCCGACCAAAACUAAUGAACGAAUUCUUCAAGAGACCUCGCAGGAUGAAAGGGAGGACGACGAAGAAGACGUUCAAAUGGAUGUCCCUCACGAAGGGUCCCAGAAAUCCUUAAAGCCAUCUAAGAAACGCCAGAAAGUUGAAGCUGGGCGAGAAGAGACCCUUAUGGAUGUUGAUGAAGAACAAGUUCCUACUAGGCUGAGCAUUCCACCAUCUGUUCCUAUUACAAACCCAGGAACACUCCCGUUAUUCCCUUUGCCUACUUUACCCGAUUUUCCCUCACGCCGGGAUCUUGCACUUCAAGGAUUGGACCAAGCUUUGGUGGAUGCGGAAUUUAUAGAUUCAUCGACGAGUCUGCCUGUUCCGCUCGGCGGCGAUGAUGAUGGCGGAACUAAUCUGAGCGAACGGUCUCGGAAGCGGUUGCAUGAGCUUGGUAUAGCUCAUCUAUUUGCCGUGCAAACAUCGUUACUGCCUUUUUUAUUACCCAAGAAUUCAAGGAAACGGGCUUUAUAUUGUACGUAUAGUCCUCCUAGAGAUGUUUGUGUUUCGGCUCCAACGGGGAGCGGGAAGACCCUCGCUUAUGUUCUACCUAUCGUGGAGAUCCUUUCUAGUCGAAUAGUGACGCGUCUUCGAGCACUCGUCGUUCUCCCUACUCGCGAUCUCGUGAACCAGGUUAAAGAGACGUUUGAAGCCGUAGCUAAAGGACGCGGGCUGAGGAUUGGUACAGCUACUGGACAACAUUCCUUCUCGCACGAGCAGUCUCAAUUAAUUGCCGAUAGGUCAGUCAAUCUCCAAGGCGGUUCCAGCAAAGUUGAUGUCCUCAUCUGUACACCCGGUCGAUUGAUUGACCAUAUAACUGACACACCCAACUUCUCUCUCCAGCACCUACGAUUUUUGGUCAUUGAUGAAGCAGAUCGUCUUCUGGCGCAAUCAUUUCAAGAUUGGCUUGCUCAGGUAUUGUCCGCGACGCGACCAUCAAAAGCCGUCCGUGGAAACUUGUCAGGCUCGCUAGAUUUUGUCACUCCGUCUCCGAUUCUAUACCACAAUGCAAUCGCUCCCGCCUUUCAUCCGUUCCACUGUUCUAUUCUCGAUGGACCGAACUAUAUAUACGAACAAAAAGAAACUUCUUGCCAAAAGCUCCUGUUUUCUGCCACGUUAACACGCGAUCCGUCAAAGAUUGCCGGAUUGGAGCUUCGAGAUCCCAAAUACUUUGUCAUUCAUAGUAGCCGACCCGAGAAAAAUGCAAGCUCUGGCCUCUUGGACAUAGUCAUGGAGCAAUUCACAAUGCCAGAAUCGCUCACUGAGCACAUGAUUGUGUGCGAGUCGUCCCAAAAGCCCCUGUACUUUUUCUAUCUCGUUCGUGAGCACAGUGUACUCAAUUGUCUUGUGUUCACUAAAUCCGCUGAGUCCACUACACGGCUGGUUCGUUUGUUCGAGUACUUUGAGCAGUCUCGCGCAAACAAUCAUGAUGGUAGUUAUAAGCCUAUUGUCAUCCGUCCGUACUCGAGCGACCUUGGGGCAGCAGAGCGGAAGUCUGUCCUGGAGAAAUUCAAGGCCCAAGAAAUCCAGAUACUUGUAUGUUCGGAUUUAAUAUCUAGAGGAAUCGAUAUCCAACAUGUCUCUCAUGUUGUCAGUUACGACGUCCCUGUCGAUAUUCGUAAGUACGUGCAUCGUGUAGGCCGUACCGCUCGAGCUGGACGCCAUGGUGACGCGUGGACAUUGGUCGAAGAGCAAGAGGCACGAUAUUUCAAGAAUAUGUUGAAAGAUGCGGACCAUCUGGACAAAGUUAGAAGACUUCGGGUUUUGGACAAAAACCUCUCAUCAUUAUUACCACAUUAUGAGGUAUAUCUUUCUGACAGGUUUUGUGCAAAGCUAAUGCUUUUCAUUGUAGAGGGCCUUAGAAUUACUCAAGGAGGCUUAUUCGAGAUGAGAGGAAAACUGUUACCUCGACACUACACUUGUUUAAGGUUAUAA